AUGAAGGUCCUUUCCCUCAUACUCGGUUCCGCGAGUGUUGCCUUGGCGGCACUCGAUUGGAAGAAUGUUCGCAUCGGUGGUGGCGGCGGCUUCGUCCCCGGCAUCGAGUUCCACCCGAAGGCCAAGGGCGUCGCUUACGCGCGAACCGAUAUUGGUGGCCUCUACCGGCUCAAUUCAGAUGAUUCUUGGACACCUGUGACGGAUACUACCGCCACCAACUCUAAGUGGAACCGCUGGGGUAUUGAUGCCUUGGCCCUCGAUCCCUCAGACCCCAACAAGGUCUACACAGCCGUUGGCAUGUAUACCAAUGACUGGGACCCAAAUAAUGGUGCCAUUGGACGGAGUAACGACAAGGGAAAAACCUGGACAUUCACCGACCUCCCUUUCAAGGUUGGUGGUAAUAUGCCAGGCCGAGGAAUGGGCGAGCGUCUCGCAGUAGAUCCCAAGAACUCCAACAUCAUCUAUUUCGGCGCCCGCAGCGGCAAGGGUCUCUGGAAGAGUACCGACGGUGGUGCCAGCUUCAGCAAGGUUACAUCUUUCACCAACGUCGGAACCUUUGCCCCGGAUCCCAACGAUUCGUCUGGGUAUAACAACGACUUGCAAGGUCUCACCUUUGUCACCUUUGACUCGACUUCAUCCACUCUUAAUGGCGCAACUUCGAGGAUCUUUGUCGGUACUGCCGAUAACAAGACCGCAUCCGUUUAUGUGUCGACCAAUGCAGGCCAGACCUGGAGCGCUGUUCCCAACCAGCCCGGGAAAUACUUCCCACACAAGGCUAAGCUUCAGCCUGAGGAGAAGGCUCUGUACCUCUCUUAUAGCGAUGGCACUGGCCCUUAUGAUGGCGGCUCUGGUGCCGUCUACCGGUACGACAUCUCGGCUGGAACCUGGAAGGACAUCACCCCACCUGGCGAUAUCUACUUUGGCUUCGGUGGCCUGGACGUUGACCUUCAAAAGCCUGGAACCCUGGUUGUUGCGUCACUCAACUCGUGGUAUCCCGAUGCUCAGAUCUUCCGAUCUACCGACUCGGGCAAGACUUGGUCGAAGCUGUGGGCCUAUGGUUCGAGUGGCAGUUUGGAGUACAACUAUGAAAUUUCUACACCAAAGGCUCCAUGGAUCUACAAGAACUUUAUCUCGAUCGACACGAAGCGCCUGGGGUGGAUGAUUGAGGCUCUGGCCAUCGACCCCUUUGACAGCAACCACUGGCUUUACGGAACAGGCUUGACCGUCUACGGUGGACAUGACCUUACAAAGUGGGACUCUAACCAGAAAAUCAGCAUCCAGUCACUGGCUGAUGGCAUUGAGGAGUUUGCGGUGCUGGAACUCAAGUCUGCCCCUGGAGGUAGCGAGCUCUUGGCGGGUGUUGGCGACGACAGUGGCUUCACAUUUGCGACCAAGACUUCUCUCAGCACAGCUCCUCAGUCGGCUUGGGAUAACCCCAUGUUCACUGGAGCGGUGGGCGUUGACUACGCAGGCAACAAGGUUGAAAACGUGGUCCGAGUGGGCAACACUCAAGGCACACGGCAGGUUGCUAUUUCCAACAACGGAGGCGUCUCCUGGAACGUCCACAACGGAGCCUCGACCUCCCAGUCUGGCGGUUCCAUCGCUUAUUCUGCGGAUGCAGAUGUGAUUAUCUGGUCUUCUGGCAACCAGGGUGUCCUCCGCUCUCAAAACCAGGGUUCCUUUACUUCUGUCUCUAGCGUGCCAUCAGGAGCUGUUAUCGCUAGCGAUAAGCGUAACAACAAGUACUUCUACGCUGCCUCUGGUUUAACUUUCUAUGUCUCUAGCAACCAGGGGUCAAGCUUCAGCCAGGGCGGCUCGCUCAGCUCUGUCCAGUCAAUCCGUGACAUUGCUGUGCAUCCUACCAAGGCUGGAGACGUUUGGGUGUCCACAGACGCUGGCAUCUUCCACAGUACCGACUUUGGAAGCUCCUUCAGCAAGGUCUCAUCUUCUUUGUCGAACACGUAUCAGAUCGCCCUCGGCCGUGGCUCGGGUAGCACCUGGAAUGUGUAUGCUUUCGGCACUGGCUCUGCUGGGGCUAAGCUGUACGGCAGUGCUGACCAGGGCAAGACUUGGAGUGAUAUUCAGGGCUCCAUUAUGUUUGGAGCCAUUGACUCUUGCAGGCUGGAGGGCAGCGGCAACAAUGCAGGCCAAGUUUACGUUGGAACCAACGGUCGUGGUGUUUUCUGGGCCCAGGGGUCUGUGGCGUGA